AGAAGUUAACAACUAUAGAUCACCGUACUUCAACAUUGAGCAAAACCCAUACCGCAUAGUCAGCUAUAAAAGGCCCCGAAAUUACAAAUGUAAAACAAUUCAAACGAGAAAAUUAACGGCCUGAUUUAUGUAAAAAAACCAAUGAACGAAAUACAAAUAUGAUAUACAGCAACAAACGACAACCACUUAAUUGACCUUUUGUAGGUUUAAUUAAAUGACUGUAUAUGUGUCCAUUUACUUCGCAGGAAAUUUUCAGUUGUCAAAAUAAUGUAAUAUUGUAAACUUCUGUACUGGCGUCGACUAUCACAAAUGCUUUGUCGAAUUAGAAAAAUGUCCUGAGACAAAAAUCUCACGGUUACUUUCUAAAGAAUAAAAAUAAUCAGAUGAAAUAACUGUAUCUCCCAAUCAACACGGGUGUACUGUCGUAUUUUUGGAGUAAUUAUUCAAAUAUUCUGUCAUUAUUUGACCUGUAACAGAAUAUUAGACGUUUUCUCCUAGCUUUAAUUAUAUUUGACUGACAAUUUAAUAUUUCUGAAGCUGUAUCUUUCGCCGACAAACAAUGUUCCAUUUCAACGCCAGGAAAUUAAAAUGGCUUCUAAUUUGACGAAACAUAUUACCUCAAUACAAAAGAGUUCUUUUUGCUGUUUUGUCGACGAGCUGCUGACAACACUGACAAUCUGGCUAAGAUUGUGUAGAUUCUUUAGGAAUCAUCAACAAGAAAAUCCUAUCAAAUUAGUGUAAAUAAUAAAUCUGUUUUACUUGACCACGAAUCGUUUGUACUAUUCUCCUGUUCCGACAUAGAACUUUCAAUCUCAAAAACCGAUAAAAUCGACAAGCCAAAUUAAUCCAUUACUUUUGAUGGAUAUGAAAGACGCGGGAAUUCCACAAAAGUUUCGCCUAUUGUGUACAAAUAUACACAAUGAUAUGACCAAUUUUACACACGGAAAAUGUUCUGUACGGUUUUGUUUAGAAUGUAAUAGUAUAAACACAUCGUCUUUCUGAAUUGAUAUAAAUUCAUUUGUAAUUGAUAAUUGCAUGGAAUAGACAGUCUUCUGCAAAAAUGCAUUUUAUAAAUAACUUUGUCAAUCGCCAUUUCAUGCACUUUUUGAUUUAGCUGAAGGAUAAUUAAUUUUUCAAUUUGUUCAUUGUUUUGGAACAAUUGCUUCGAAUAAUCAACCACCCACAUCAUCACAGUUCGACCACAAGCGGAGAUAAUUGUUAUUUUGAACCUAUCGUCAAAACAAUGUGUCCGACUGAUGCCACCAUCAAAAGUCAAGCUUCAGAUGGAUUUUAAAAUUUGAUUUUAAGAAAUCAUCUUAACGUUUUAACUUUAUCGAGUCUGUCAUUAUACUAGUAAAAUCACAUAGUUCAUUAUAUUGUGGUUCUUAAUGGAAGCUCAAGCUACCUGGUCCUAUUGAUUUUCCUCGGAGAAUUGCGACAACCACGGCACUAUAUUUAACAUGGUAGACAUUCUGUUGCAAGGAUCAGCAUAAAAAAUGGUUCACAGUUUUCAUCACCACCACGGGUUGCUUGACAGUGUCCUCGGGAGCUUCGCCACAUAUGCAAGAUUAAAAGGUCGUUACGAUGACGACUGGAUCGAUAGGUUAAAUCAUUUAUACACGACUAUAAUUUUCAUCAUUUUUACCAUUGUUGUUAGUACAAAGCAGUAUGUUGGCGAGCCAAUUCACUGCUGGUGUCCUGCUGAAUUUAAGGAAUCAAUGGUUGAUUACACUAACAAUGUAUGUUGGAUAUCCAAUACAUACUACGUCCAUAUUGACAAGGAUAUUCCGAAGUACAAUCACGCGAGAUAUGAAAGCGAGAUUACAUACUAUCAAUGGGUUCCGAUGAUCUUGUUGUUUCAAGCCUUGUUGUUUAAGGUCCCCUGUAUUAUGUGGAGAAUUUUAACAGCGUCAGCCGGUGUCAAUUUGGAUAAAAUAGUCACCCUUGCAGCGGAAACACAGUAUAUUUCUCCAGAUGAUAGGGAACGAACUAUAAAACAUAUAGUACGUUACAUGGACAGAUGGUUGGAAAAUGCACGUGAAUAUAGAUCCGGGUGUUUUAUACGCUUACGUCAAACUAUUUCAAAAUAUUGUUGUAUAGUAUGUGGCAAAAGAUAUGGAAAUUACCUUGUCACCAUAUAUAUGUUUAUUAAGUUGCUAUACAUGUCGAAUGCUAUUGGACAGUUAUUCAUUUUGAAUGAAUUUCUAGGAACAAAUUACAACGCAUAUGGACUUGAAGUAUUAAGCCAUCUCGCAAGUGGUGAGGAGUGGGAUGAAUCGGCAAGAUUCCCAAGGGUGACUCUAUGUGAUUUUAAGAUUCGUAAACUCGCUACACUCCAACAGUACACAGUACAAUGUGUACUACCAAUAAAUCUUUUUAAUGAGAAGAUUUUCAUUUUUAUCUGGUUCUGGCUAGUUUUUGUGUCUGUUUUAAGUUCGGCAAAUUUCUUAGUAUGGUGUUACACUAUGAUAUUUAGACAACACCGAAUUCGUUAUUUGAAAAAAUUUCUCAGGAUUAAUGAAUGUUACAAAUCAGAAUUAGACAAGAAAAUGGCCGUCAAAUUCGCAGAGCAGUAUUUGCGACAAGAUGGUAUAUUUGUUUUGAGACUUGUAGGUAAAAAUGCUAACGAUGUUUUAGUGUCAGAAAUAGUUUUACAACUAUGGAACCAUUAUAGAAACAAACCAUUAUUUAAACAUGCAAAUCAGGUCAGCGAUGACAAUAGUAAUGUCUGACUAACCGCACAAAAACUACUGAAACUUGUUAAAAUCCAGUAUUAUGCAUUUGAUGAUGGAGAAGGUUCACAAGGUCAGAGAGUUUCCGAUAUUUUACUAUCAGAUGAUCUCAACCUUCCGAAUGGUGGUAUCAGCCAAUCAUCUUUUGAAACCGAGGUUUAAACAUUUAGCGCAGACGCAGACUCAAAGUCUCUGAAGAACAGUGUUUUAACAUUGCAUUCAUUUAAUUCAUAACAUAAAAUGCAUGUUUCAUAUUAAUUAGAAUCACCGUCCAAUUUAGCGAAGAGCGACAGUAACAGGAGAGGGUCUGGAAGUAAAUUUAGAUUUUAAAGAAUAAUGGGGUGUUAGAAUAUAAAGAACAGAAAAUAAUUAAAAAAAUUUAGAUAAAACAGAUAAAAAUAUGGCCUAAAAAUCAAAGAAAACACAAAUAAAGACCUCCCAUCCAACCUUUCCGGAUCCUCAUAGAAUGUGAAAGGUGAUGUAUACACAUUUCUGGAAAUUGUUUCGUUAUUUCCAACCUACGGUGCUACUGUAUUUCAAGAGACUAGUCACGUGACAGCUGUUUGUGUUAGAUUAUUAUGGACUUGAUGGUGGAUAUUGCAUAUUAUGCAAGUACUUAUUUUGCAGUUGUGUUUUCAUAUUUUAUUAUGUUAAGUGUAUAUUUCAAUUGUAACAUGUAAAUAGUAAACAUCAGAUAGAAUACCAUUAGUUUUUAGAAUUAUAUAUGUUUGUGUUAUGUAUGUGAAGAAUGUAAAAUUGGAUGAAAAUAAUAGAUUUUAGUUAAAUUUUACCGUGGAACUACAUUUUAUACUUUCCUCAACAAACGUAGAUUCUUGAAAAAAUAGACCACCUUAAAACAUUCAAUUUUAUUAACAAUUAAAACUUCAAUAUUAUUACACAUAGCGCAAUUUCCUUGUACAGAUUGUGGGCACCAAAUGAAUAAUGUUAAACAUUUCUAGCCACUGAUUGACUACUUAUAAGCGCUACUUAUAUGAGCUACUUUAAGAUAAGAGAAAGAAAGGAAAGAUUGAUUAAAGAAAUAAUUGAAUUAUCUAGAAUGUGAUUUUUUUCUGUUAACCAGUUUUCUUUCAACUGGCUUUACAACAGCGUUGAAAACUAAUUGCUUUUCAAAUCGUAUUGUUCAAGUGGAACACUGUCAUAUAUUAGUUCGCAAACUUUUACUUCUCUUUAAAAAUAAAGGAAAUUUGGGGAAAAACACAAUACCGUUGGAAAAAAUCACGAAAAGACAAAAUAUAGUCUACAAAACACUACAUAGGAAACUAAAAACUGAGCAACACCACCAAAACAUGGGGUGAUUUCAGGUGCUUCGGAAGGGUGAGCAGAUGAUGCUCCACAUGUGGCUCUCAUCAUGUUGCUUAUGGCAAGUUCAAAUUCAGUAAUAAGUCUAACUCGGUGAUAUCACAAUCGAGGAAAAGAGGAUGGGGUGUGGCUACUACAAAGGGAACAUAUCCUGGAUCAUUUGUGACACAGAUAUUCCGUAAUGGUCAACCAAAUCAUAGUGGCGUCCGUAAAAUGUUCCGAAGGGAAAGAUGGAACCCAAUCCUCUCAGCUGAAACCAAAUCCUCUCAGGUGAACCCAAUCCUCUCAGGUGAACCAAAUGCAUUCAUGUAGGUUAACCAUCUGACUGUGUUCCACUUUAACAAUAUGAUUUCUUAAGUAUCAUCAUUAUUAUCAUAUUUUAUAUACUAUAACACUGUUGUAAGGUUCGAAAAGCAUUGCCAGGUUGAAGGAAAAUUUGUGAACAAGAAGAAAUGUUUCUACUGUGAGUUCAUAAUGUAGUUUUGUUAUGGAUUUUUGACUAAAAAGAUUUUGUAAAUCAUAAUUUCUUAAAGGAUAACAUUGUGUACCUUCCACGGGUAACAUUAACAUAGUAGCUGACGAAUCGAUUUUUUAAUGUGAUUUGAGUAUGAUGCCUUAGGUAUCUGAUCGACGUCCUCUUCUUAACUAUGUGUAUAACUAAUCAUUAAAUUAUAAAUAAAAGAAAACAUGUUUGCGACCCCUGAACAAAGUAAACGUUAUGUGAAUUUAAACCUCAUAAGGAGAUAUGGCAUAUCUUUGUAUUCAUUCCAUUUAAUGUGCCUUUUCUCUGACAACAAUGAAAUAGAAUCAUACAUUACAUAUUUGAAAGAAAUGCUCAUUGCAAUUGAACGAUUAAUAUUUUAUCAUAAAAUCUUAAAAUGAUUAUCACAAAAAUGCACAUUUAAGUCAAAACCAAGAUAUACAAGAUUCAGGCUUUUAAACUUUUACUAUGUGCUUCGAACAAAGCCAGAAAGGGGAACUUUUUGUAUAAAAUAUAAUGCAAAUGUUUUUCAUAUUACAUAUUUUAUCUUGAAAUAGUCGUCACGUGCACAAAAAGCAUAUUUAAUUCAAAAAAAUUACACAUUUACUUUUACAAUGAUCGUCGAACAACCAGAUUGGUGAAUGUAGGUUUUCGAAAAACAAUGCAGUGCAAAUAUGUAUUUCAUAUUUUAUUCUGAAUGAGUACCUAUUUGCAGAUGACAAAAUUUGACAUAGUACACAUACUGUCUUAAAAUUUACCUUUUAUUACUACAAUAACGUGUUCAAAAUCAAUUUGAAUCGAUUUUUUUUAAUUAUGAAUUGAUGAGCUUAAAUAGAAAAUAUUGCAUUUGUGUUAACCUUAUAUAUUAUUAGCAUCAUUCGGACGAUAUAUUAUCAAAGAAUAUCAUAUUACAAUACCGAAGAUUUACUUUUUUAUAAAAUUCUAAAUAUUCGAAAUAAAAAAAAUCAAUUGGAAUAAAUUUACAUAUCUUAUUUAACACAUAUACACAGUAGUAUGUAUUCAUUUUGUCAACUGCAAUUUGAGCUUAAGUACUAGUACUCGUUUUCAAAGAGAUUUAGUUUAUGUUUGUUCUAAAAAAUUAUAGCAAAUAGUGGUCGUAUUUUAUCACAUCAUAUAAAACCCUUUUUUUAAAUUAAGAAGAUAACCUUCAUAACUCAUUUUUUCCAUUUGGAACACUUUUCGAAUAAUCUGCCAAAAACGUAAUAUGUUUGCCAAAUAAUGUUAUGAUUGUCAAAUUAGUUCUCAUCAAACGACCACGAUAAAGCAUAAACUAUCAUGAGUGAAUCGCAAUACGGCAUACAAUAGUAUUGGGUCAUAUUUGUAAAUAUCCAUUAAACCAUUUUAUGUUAAAGGAAACAGUUAAGAAACAAAUAAAAUAAAAAUAUAUGACUUUAAGCUACUUUGUGAAAUUGAACCCUUUAAAUUACAGAUAGCUUGUGUAAAAUAAUUUAUAUCAAUCGUUAUUUUUCUAAUUUACUAUAUUUUUUCUUACUUUCCCAUUUCAAACGAAAACCUUAAAAGAAGGCAAAAUAGUUUCUCUUUGAUAUAAAUGUAUGCAAUGGAAAACUGUCUUUGUUAUAAAGAAAAUUCUGAUUGGGUAAAAUGAUUGCAGAAAAAAACACGGCGAUUAUUGGAGUUUUUACAAAUUUUUUUUUAAGUUCUUAAAAAUAAUAUUUAAAAAUAAGAAGAAAUUUCAGGAUGCUUCAAACUUCUAAUAUAUAUUAAAAAUCUUUUACUUCCGGAAAAAUGUAUGUUUUUGUAAGAAUGAAAAAAAUAGCCGGAUUUUUUUUCUUCAAAUGUACAAUCUAGAUUCAAAUUGUGUAAUUCUUUCUUUCAAGAUAUAGCUUUUUAAUUUGAAGUAACAAAUCGUACAGUUUGUGUUUCAUUUAUUGUUUCACUUCAUCUAGCUUGAGCAGGUGUGUUGAGCUUAAACCCAUUAUAAUCUGUUAAAAAUAAACUGUACUUCGACAUUGUUACACAUAAGUUUAGUCGAACCCUUUAAAGACUUAAUAGAAUUUGUUUUUCUAUGUAUACUUAAGUAUGCUUGUGUUAACUGUUUAAGCAAUAUUCAUUGUAAUUGUUAAACAAGACAUUAAUAGUGUACUCGGAAAAUGAUCUAACGAUAAGCAUUUGCCAUUUUUUAAUCUGAUGCAUUCUAGGAAAUAUUAUUAAACGCGUAAAAACGUUGUGAUUUGUUAAGAACGCCUUUAACCAUUGUGAUUCAAAAAAUAACAUGACGUUUUGGGGUUGUGUGUUUUGGGUAGGAAGGUACGAACAUUCAAAUUUCCUUGUCAUUUAUAUUAUUAUCGAUAUAAUUUAACUUGGGUUUCAACUAACUGAUAAAGCAACUUUCAUAUUUCAAAAACUAUUCAAGUUUGCUAGUGUAUUUUCGAAAGGGGGCUUUUUUGUUUUAUAGAAUGGGCAUUCCUAUGCACAAUUAUCUAGACACUUAUUUCGAAUAUAAUACUAUGGGAAGUUCAAACGUAUAGGAAAUGCUAUUCACACAAUUCCUAUUAAACACAACAGAUUUUUUUUUCAAUCUUAGCAUAGAGUGAAUUUCUAGUCUAUACAUUUGAAUAUAUUGUGAAUUUGUAUUUAGCAUUUUUUGCAUGUAAAUAUUUGUACAAAUCAUGAUUUUUAUACAAAUCGGAUAAACUCAUUGUAGUAAGCACACAGCUGUGAUCAUUCCUAAUUUUGUUUUCACAAGAUCAUAUUUGUAUUCGUAUUAUGUAACCAGUGAAAAAAUGUUUUUAUUUAUUAGAUUUAUUUAUUAUGCAAAGGUUCUAGUUUAUCAUUAAAACUUUUUCUAUUACCAUUAACAAUAAUCUACUUUUCAUUGUAAAAAUACUAUAGAUAGAAAAUUAACAUUUUGCAGUAAAUAUGUAUCUUAUAACGAAGAAAUGGUGGCUAAAAGAAAUAAUACAAUAGCAUACCACGUGAUAUAUAAAAAGACCAGGAUGUAACAUGUCUUUGAUAACCAACCGAUCCUUCGCUUACGUCCUCGACAAGCAAGACACCAAUGUGUAUCUCAUGGGUUGUAUCUUACUGUUGACAAUCGGCGUAUGUGGAUACGUCCUUACGUUUAUUCGCCGUUUCAGAAUCUAAUGCAUUCUGGGUAAUAUUUUCAUAAGUGUACACCAAAACGUCGUGAUUGGUUAGAAAUGUCCUAAACAAUGGAAAUUUAACCAAUGACGUAACGUUAUUUUCAUUUUGGGGUACGAACAAUAGAAUUACCCAUAGUCUUUUAGAUUCUAAAAUGGCUAAUUGGUUUAAAUAUUUAGUAUGCAUGCCAAAACAUGACAAAAUCUAAAAGGCCGACUCGUAGCGAUUAACAUUUUUUUUGGUUGCAUGGAAUUCAAAAAUUUAAAUAUCAUCAAUAAUACGAUUUCAUUACAAUAUCAUCACAAGAUUCAGGCUCAAUCGUGAUAUAAUACAAAACCAUUUUAUAGUGUUUAAAUUACAUUAAACGUUUUACGCCAUUAAAUUAUUCAACAAUUAUUGCUCUCAAAUUCUCAAAAACAAACGUAAUAGGCAAAAUUAAGUUAUCAUUGAAACGUUUACGCUCUUUAUUAAAUUUUCUCCUUUAACAUGAAUCUAUUCGAAAUGUGAAAUAAUUUUGACUUGAAUCUAAAUCUUUAUUGUUAUGUGUGUUAAUGAAAAAAGUUCUAAAACAUAAGGAGUAAGUGCAAAAUGGAAAACUGGUUUCUUGGUUUUGAUUUUGAAUAAUCACAUGAGAAAAAAAGGAAGUCUUUUAUUUAAAAUUACCGAUUUAAAUCAACAUUUAUAAUUUUACACUAAUGCUGAAAUAAUUAUAAGAAUAAAUCAUUAUUACAAGUAGUGGAAGCGUACCAAAUAGCGUAACAUGUCAGAUAUGGAGUUGAUAAGCAAUACAUUAUAAAAUUUCAUGUGAUUUGUGAAUAAUAAUUUGAUCUAAACAGACGUUGAAAGCUGAGUAGGAUAUUGACAUUUAAGAACGCUUUGUGUAUGCGCUCUAUAAAGAUAUCUUCUAUCUUUUUAUUUUUUUUUUUUG